AGUGCACAGAAACUCCUACGGCGUUCAAGAAGGAAUUGCAAUUAAUGUUGUCAUAUUCCUGCCGACAGGGGGUCCUAAGGUGCGAGUCUUUGACAGAGGAAUUGGUAACUACAUUUAUCAGGAAAAAUCGAACGCCAGGGGCACAAUCUGUUUGUUUGAAGCUGGCUAAAUAUCGUCCCGGGCCCGGCAGAUGAAGACUCGAUGCUUCAGUGGUAUUGAUUGUGAAAGAGAGUUUCGUCCUGGAGUAAUGAUCGCUGGGGGCAGGGGGAGACGCCGCCCCGUGACUACAUCACGCGUCAUUACACCGACAUCGUCGACAGAGGCCACUCACUGACAGGCAGAAGACUAACGGUUGUGGUGAUUGCCAUCAAACGUCAGCCAUUCCACGUCUGAUGUACUUUCGACUGUCUGAUACCUUGAUUAUGUCUGUGGUUCGUUGUUACGUGGAAAGUUGGCGGUAAUACACCGUAAGAUUCGUACCUGUCGAGUUUACUACGUGUUGGAAGGAGCCGUGAAGGCUAUGUGUAGCUGAGGACAGAACAGACCGGCUACACGUGGAAAGUUGGUGACAGUUGAUCUGCUUCAGGGAUCAAUGACAUAGGAAACAAAGUGGUUCGAAGACUCAUUCAAGGAUGAACGCUACAUGAUACAAGAGGUUGUCUCAAAGAAUGCUUAACAGACCUUCUAACAGAAUGCUUCAAUGAAGGAUAAAACUUUGAACUUUUAAACUGUGAGGUCAUCCUAUUACCCAAUGGUUGUGAUCACUCGCCUAAAAGUCGGUUACUAGAUUUGCUAAAGCAGAAACAGCUGGUCAUAUAAUCUGAACCAUAAAUCUGUGAAACUGUUACAUCUCAAAACGGUUCAUAUUUCUGGCAAGUAAUAACAUCGAAACCAACACCUGUGAACCCCACAUCUGUUUUGAGGCACUGAGAUGUUCCAUGAGAGGCCAAACCAGCAGUACCAUCAGAAGCAGCAUUGAUGAGAAGAAUUCCUCAAAGUGAUUCAAAGAAAUCCGGAGACAGUACACUGAGUUUCCGAUCAGCCUGACUUGAUUCUGGGACGGUUCCAACUUCUUUUCGAGGCAAGCCUGAUUUUCUCCGUGUUUUUGCCGACUUAUAUUGACCCGAGUUGUGACUUGUGGCCGAUGUUUGCCCUGGCUAAGUACUUCAAUGCCUUUGGUCAUCCUUGGUCAACAUUUGAGGAGGCUGCAUUAUAAUGCCAAGGAACAGAUGUUCCAUGACAGUUUUAUGAAAUUAUGAAUACGUGUUGCAUCAUAAAGUCAUCGUCAUUUACUUGAACAUCAGUACCUCCAAGUUAAAACAGGCACACGUCUAGCGCUGACAUUUAUGUCUCCAUAGAAAACAUCUUGAACUUCAGGACAUAAGGUCUUCGGAGAAAAUGAGUUCUAAACGCUGUUAUAGAACUUGAAGGAUGAAGGACAAUGACAGUGGAUAAAUUGACAUUUUACUCUGUGCAGUACGAAAGUUAACUCAAUUGCUCAGAGGCUGCGUGAAAGGUCAGCUUGUAUGUACACUUUCAUUCAUUUGAACCGAACAAAACCUGUGGAAUCUUAAUUCAGUGCCAGACACAGAACAACGCAAGUGGGAGAGGGAAGCUCAUUUUUACAUAAGAAGUGUGUGUUCCAUUCACUGUAUUACGGCGGUAGUGCAGAAGGAGAUCGAACGGCCCCUACUGGACUAUUGAGAGCUAUCGACCCAUCCGUCCUGGGCUAAAUACCAGCUUAAGUAAUAUACCAGAAGGACAUCAACAGUUUUUUUCCACAGCGUUUAAGAAGUAACAAAGCGACUGCCGCUGGUAGCCUGAGUUAUUGACCAGCCAAGUAAAGUGAUUAAUACCCUUUCGUGAGAAGAGGGCUGGGUCAUCGACGUCUUUUGAGAACUUUUCACAAUCUGGUUCAUUAUUUAUGUCCGGCUAGACUGGCAUUGGUUUAAAAUCUUUUCGGUCUGUGCAUGUUGGAGACUCGACACUGAUUUGAAGUAGAUUCGCCUGAAAAGUGGGUUAUGGAAGUGAUUUCAUGUUAAGGCAAUAUAUGUAACUUGUGACUGUGUCGUGUUUGAACAUCGUUGGAUGUACUCAAGACUAUUUUUCAGAUCGGAACCGCCACAUAAGAGUGAGGGGUACAUUUGGACGUUAUGUGCGAAAAGUGACUGAAAAAAGUGUUUUGUUCCGCAGAGAGGUCUUUGUACCGGAGACUUGAAGACUCUACAACAUCUUCAUGUAACGCUUAACAGUUGACAUUUUAACGGUUCCGGAAUUGUCCUGUCCAUGACAUUGCGUUCCUUGGCUUUCAGAGACAGUCCUAUAGAGAGACCUGAUUGACAAAGUUAUUUUACAUCUCUCAACAUUGGAAUAUUCAGAGACCAUCAUAUAGACACACGUGAUUCUGGGGUUCGAUCCCAACUGUGGGCCCGUUAUAGAUGGCGUGUGAUGAGACUCCAUGUUGCUUUGAACUUUAAUGUCACAGUGAACUUUGACAUUUUACUAAAAAGGAUUUCCAUCGAUGCUGAUUGAAUCACUUAGCACCUGUUUUAUUGACUCAUUUAACACCUAAUGAAAGCUUGAAGCUCUGGAGAGCAUAUGAGACAGACGACCGAUCCUGAAGCCUCCCCGCUGACAUGUGAUCGUUGAAAUAUUAAUAACUAUUGUAUUUUUAUUGUCUGUGAAGAGCAAGAAUACAUUAUCAUCCCGCGAGCAGCAUGGGGAGGCAACAUGAAAACUGAAGCCUUUAGACAGUGAUCAUUAAAACCGCUCGAAGUUCAUAUCCUUUUUACAACCAACAUUGGCAUUAAAGUGCUUUUUAACUUGUCAAGAACCUUGUAGAAAUACCCCCACGAGCAGUAUUCGGACUGAUAUUGAUGAGAGAACAAGAAUUAAAGUUGAGAGUGCGAAGGUGAUAGAAAGGCUUAGUGAUAAAACUUGCCGUGUGUGCAAUUGGAAACUAUCAUUUAAGCCUGCAUAGUGUGAUUCCUGUUCUUUGCUCAUCUCUAACGGUGAUAUCGGUGGCGUUAACGACAGCAUUCGCAACGUCAUUACCUCCAUCUCAGGGGACACGAGGACGGCAGUCAGGAGGCGAGGGGAAGAAUUGCAACUUAUUACAGACAACGCCAGUAAUCUCAGAAAACAAUCUCUUCCCAGCUCAUCUGAAGGCGUAAAGCGCUCAUCCAUGCAGAGAAACUAUUUGAUUUGUUACGUGAGAAAACAUUUUGCGAGCCCAAUAUUUCAGAAUUCCCUCCAAGGCUAUCAUCAUUAACCGAGGGAGUUAUUAACCCGCCCCGUGAGCUGGAAAACAGUUAGAAUGUCACAGUGAGUACAUCGUUAUUAUAACAGGACCCGGAUCGAUAUUACUGCGCCAUCGAACCUUUCAGAGUUCAGAGGUCACGUUUGGCAGUAAUUACGACGUCCUUCAGCAAAUAGUGCCCCACUUGGCGGUGUAUGUUGAGAGAAAGGUCAGAACUCUGCUCAUUCACCGGUGAUUUAUUCCGUUCACACUAAAGCAUUUAGCCUCGUAUAGGCCUAAUUGCCAGAACUUCACUCAGCUCCGUUUCCGUGGGACGUAUAUCAUUCCGGAUCCCGACCAAAGCCUUCUGUAACAUCGCGUCUACUUCAUACGACUUCGAUACAGCACCAGCGGAGGACGAUCUGGUUUUAUUACAUGAUACAAUCGGGACUUCGUGGACUCGCUGACGUUUAAGAGUUGUUUGUCGAACAUCCCAAUUCACUUCUGGAGUACUGGCGUGCGUAAAGACUAUUAUUACCACAGGCAAGUAUGGUUAGUUCGAAAGAACAUACUGGAGCUUACAAAUCAUAGGCCAUGCCAUAUUCAAGAGAAGGAAAUAAAGUACCGAUUAACUGUUGAAUCGAUACACAGACUGCCAAUUUAACGCUCAAAUUGUGACGUCAUUUCCGAAAUCGGCGACGUUAUUUUGCAGGCGGAAGCGUGGCUACAUGUAACGUUAUUGGUAUUGAAAAGGUCUGUGACGUUGAUAUCCUUCCGCCAGAAUGGUAUAAGUGGCCUAUUGACCAUGAUGAAUUGGAUGUCUUUAUGAACGGUGCCAUCAUAACUACAGCUUGGCAGACACCUGGCUGCUCUCGGCUAAACUGUACUCAGCAGGAUUCUUUAGCUCAACAGGAUGCCUUCUCCAAUUCUCCUGAUAUGGGUGUUACUCUCAGUCCUUGUGGCAGGGACGUGUACGUUCAGUUUUCUACAGCCGUUCUGGCUGCUUCAUCACGAUUUCUCCCACGCAUUCGGCAUGAUCAGUUACUGUUUCGGCGACACCCGGUACGCCAAGUCACGUGAGGUGUGUCGAUUCUAUGGCGGAACAUUCAGCAUGGGCAGGGUACCAGUAAGGGCGUGGCAAGCUUCUUGUGUUCUCUACGGUGGAGGCUGUGGACUCAUAAGCCUCAGUGCGUUUGUUUCCGUCUGCGUCACGUGCCUCCCGCGUGACUAUCAGAAGUCCAUGACCCGAAUUGUGGGAUACGUGCAAACAGUAGCAGUCCUCAUCAUGAUCGCUGGCCUGUUGAUAUUUCCACUCGGAUUUGGGUCCUCAUACUUCCGCCAUUACUGUGGAGACACCGCUUCCGCUUACGACUCAGGCCAUUGUCUGAUUGGCUGGAGCUACAUGCUGGGAAUCAUGGGAACUGCUCUCUCGAUGUUUUGCCCUUUCCUAUCUCAGUUCACAGACAUGAAAACCAGUGACAUUUUCUCCUGACGACCGGAAGUGGUCUCCGGCAUGUGAUAUUCCCGAGAUGCGUAUGAAAAAGCAAUAACAGUUUGUUGACGGGUGGGGUGGGUGUAAAUAUAGAUGUGCGGGACGGUCGUUUUGGGGGAUGGAGGUUUUCAAACUGUGAUAUGUGAUAUGACACGAUAUACAUUCAAGAUGAGGAUAGGGCUGUCGACGUUGUCAGUGGCCAUGGGAACAAACAAUCACGUGCGUGACAGUUUUGUGGCAUUUCUGACAAUGGGGUAUCCCGCGUGUGUUCUCCUUGCUGACAACUGGGACCAAGUCAGACACCACCAGUAAGAGUUCCACCCAUUUCAUUAAACAACGCACUCUUGCCAUAAGGGUUGGGCAAUGGAUUAUACCCUUCACUCCCGAGGAUGCGGUCGACUGAGCUUGUGUCUCGCCAAGCUGAAGCCAAGUACAUGCGCUCCACAGAGAUGCUUUGUCCAAUGUGUAGCAAGUUCGUAAAUUAAAAAAAUAAUUAAUAUAUGUAAGUUAAUAUUUAUGGAUCCAUAUACCUAUACUCGAAAGACAGUGAAACGUUGUUAACUCGAACUCCUGGGGAAUCGAAUACUUGUCGAGUUAUCAGUUGUUGGAAACUUUUAGGGUUCCGAUAAAAGGCACAUUGACGAAAAGAUCUGAACGUGGAUCAAAGAUCGGUUACAUCGCCUUCAAGGGUAAUUCGAGAUACCAAAGUUCGAGUUACCAGAGUUUCACAGUUGUAUGUAUAUAUGAGGCUGUUCAUGCCAGGCUUGUUAGUGACGAGGGUAGGUUGUCUGUUUCGCUGUUAUUUAACGCCACAUCCAACAAUAUUCCAUUUGAAUGAUAUGACCUGUAGAUAAAAAUGGAGUUUGUGUCAGACAAUCCAGUGAUUGAUACUAUGAACAACGAUUCACGUCUUUCACAACCAGUUUAGGUUAUAAGCUACUAAAUGGAUUGGGUGGUCAGGCCCAGUGGCAACGUUGACUUUUUAGGCUGCUUUGCCUC